CCCAGAAACGGCACAGUGUGAGGAGCAAUUUUUUCGGAGCGUCUCUCGACUUUUCGUACGGUUCAACAGGUUUAGAGGCUCGUCACAGGCGAUUGUGCUUGAGGUGACUUUCCGAAUUGCUUGGAAUACUAGUACAGUAGACAUGGCGUCAACAAGCAGCGUGCAGCAUUCUGAUGAUGGCAGGAGGGGAUCUGGAGUGGAUUCUGCUGAAACCAUCAUCAACCAGAAAGGAAAUGGAGGAGGGAAGGGUGGGAAAGAGUCUCGCAGAGGGGGAAAAGUACACAAAUGUGAGGAGUGCGGGAAGACCUUCAGCAAACCGAGUGAUCUGAAGACCCACAUGCGGAGCCACACAGGGGAGAAACCCUACAGGUGCGAGGAGUGCAGCAAGCAGUUCAGUCAGCUGAGUCAUCUGAACUCCCACAUGCGGACUCAUACAGGAGAGAAACCCUACACAUGUGAGGAGUGCAGCAGUCAGUUCAGUCACCUGAGUCAACUGAAGAUACAUAUGCGAACCCACACAGGAGAGAAACCCUACACCUGUGAGGAGUGCAGUAAGCAGUUCUCUAAUCUGAGUUCCCUGAAGAUCCACAUGCGAACCCACACAGGGGAGAAACCCUACACUUGUGAGGAGUGCAGCAAGCAGUUCAGUACUCUGAGUACUCUGAAGACUCACAUGCGAACCCACACAGGGGAGAAACCCUACACCUGUGAGGAGUGCAGCAAGCAGUUCAGUACUCUGAGUACUCUGAAGACUCACAUGCGAACCCACACAGGGGAGAAACCCUACACCUGUAAGGAGUGCAGUGGGCAGUUCACUAUUCUGAGGUCCCUGAAGAUCCACAUGCGAACCCACACAGGAGAGAAACCCUACACGUGUGAGAAGUGUAGCAGGAAGUUCAGUGUACAGAGUAAUUGGAAAACACACAUGCAAACCCACACAGGGGAGAAACCCUACAAGUGUGAGGAGUGUAGCAGAAAGUUCAGUGUACAGGGUAAUUUGAAUAGACAUAUGCGAACUCACACUGGAGAGAAACCCUUCACGUGUGAGGAGUGUAGCAGGCAGUUUAGUGAGAUGCGUAGUCUGAGGAAACACAUACAAACUCACAUGGGAGAGACCUGAGGAGGGGACAGAAGAAGUACAGCGGACAGUGUAGUGUAUUUAAGAAGCAAAUGCGGACCCAGAAAUUAGGAACUGUACAGGUGUGUAGGAACUGUCAGGUGUAAUGAGUUUGGGAGGAAGGUCUGGACAUCGGAUCAUUUUCAGACAACUUCAAUAACCUGGGAAGAUUUACAAUCAGGCACAACAGCUUGUGUCACUAGAGGAUGUGUAAUUUUUUAUGAUGAUGUCAUGUUGUAGUCAUUUAUGCACUUGAUUUGGUGCUUUUGCUAUUUUAUAUAGGUAUUACUAUUAGAAGUGUGUUUUGUUCACCUUUUUGUUUCUAUUCAUUUCUUCAAGUUAUUUGCAAACUGACUUUUUCUUGAUUGAAGUCAUGUAAUAGUCGUAGAAUAUUGUUCUUAUAUGUAGUGCAUUAGUUAGUUUAAUUUAGAAUAACUGUUCAAUAUGUAGAUACACGUACAACGUAGUCGGUUGUAGGUUCUUAGCUCUGGUUUAGAUGUGAUAAGCUUGUACAUAUAACUUAACAUUUGUAAUAGAGUAGUCAUAGGGAGGGAUUUUGUUCUUGUUAUUUGGAGAGCAUUUAUUGUUGUUAUUGUUACUGUUCAAACCAGGCCCAUCUAAUGGAUCUUGCUGAAGUUCAUGUAGGUAAAGUAUAUAUAU